UUUCAUCGACGAACAGUGUGCUAUAUCGACUGUGUGGCUUAGGCGAUAAGCUUAAAGCAGAAUGAAAGGCUUGGUGAUCCAAUUCAUCAUACUGAUACAUACUGGCGCCGUAGUAUUUGGAGCAAUCGAUAAAUCCAAGGAUUCGAAGCAUGCAGAAUCGGUUGAACAUUCGAAUUCACCAGUGCCUUCACCUGUUGCAGGAGAAAAGAAGAACAACAAACGACAUUUGUCACUAGGUCUUGGUUAUGGAGGAGAAGGUUUGGGAUUACCAGGUGGUCUAUACGGCGGACAAUCUAUUGGAUUAGCAGGAGGGAGUGCAGGAUUCGGAUAUGGUGGAGGUGGAUAUGGAUACAAUGGAGGAUUCCAUGAUUCUGGAAUAGGUUAUGGUGGAGUAUACGGUACAUCUGGAAUCGUCGGCGGUGGAUAUGGGUACGGCAGUGGGUAUGGUUAUGGUGGUGGAUAUGGGUAUGGCGGUGGAUUCGGUGCAGGAAACCGCAGAUCAUUCGUAGGAGGCUUUCCCAUCCAUGCUGGUUUCAACGGGCAUUAUCAUGGUGGUUAUGGAUUGCCCAAACCAUUUGUAACAGCAACUAUUAGGGAGCACAUUCCAGUUCCCUUUCCUAAACCGUUCCCCGUAUUCAUCAAGAAGACAGUUCCAUUUCCUGUCACUAUACCCAAGCCAGUGCCAUACCCAGUGUACGUGAAAAAGUCAGUACCUGUUCCCAUUGAUCGCCCAGUGCCAUAUCCCGUCCCAGUUCACAUUACAAAACACGUGCGUGUUCCUGUGCCACAUCCGUACCCGGUGCCGGUGAAGGUUCCUACCCCAGUAGUGGUCACAAAGCCGGUGGUCAUUGCAAAACCAGUUGUUCAUUACACACCUUUAGUGUCCACACCCAUCGUCGCAGCACAUGCACCGAUCCUUGCUUCCGCCGGUCAUAUUUCAGUUGCCGACCAUGGUGUGCAUCAAACGCAUGGGUCACACCUAAGCGCUCACUACGGGGCAUCUGCUGGGUACGGUUCCCUUGGUCAGUAUGGAGGUUCCGGUCAUUACGGUGCCUCUGGCCACUAUGGUUCAGUGGGACACUAUGCCACGGACAGUCAUUACGACGCUGGGGCAAGCUAUGCUAGCGGAGGGUCAGCGGGCGUAUUGUGUGAUCAUGGCUUGCAUCGAUAG